AUGAGAGGAGAACUGUCGUCGUCUCAGCAGCCUACGUCAUCUGCAAUCUCCGACGGUUCUGCCUUAGACUCGGUCGAUGGGAACCGAGGUCUGGUCUUGCUAAUGCAGUUGGAGCACAUAUUGGAGAACGACGCCCUCAUGUGCGUGCCAUCGGCGCUUUUUUUUUUCCAUUUUUCUCUUUCGCAGAAGAAGUUUGCUAAAUGGAUGCUUUAAUUUGCUCAGGAUUUUGUUGCCGACCAAUUACUAGAUAAUUCCAGAUAACAGUGCUUGGCUUGGGGUCAUAAAAUUUUCAGGAGGAAAUAUGGCAGGAUAAAUUUUCUAUCAUAUGCUAAUUUUCUCGACCAUCACCCUGUUGAAAUAUUAGAAUAAGGAAUAUACUAAAGUAAAUAAGAGAGUAGUUUAAUGGGUAUCUUGCAGAAAUAUGAUGGUCCACUGGUGGCCAAAGCUCCUGAUUUGAAGGACAUUUUUAUUGAACCUGAGCAAUCAGCGUGGCCCCUUCUUUGAUACUAAGGAAAAUUGGUUUGAUGUAAAAAGUUCGAGCCAAGAAACCGAUGUCGAUCACAUAUUGCCGUUCAUGAAACACACCCAAGUAAGAACUGGUUAGAAACCAAAUAUUCUUGAUUAUCAACCGGAUGCCGUUACUCUGGGGAAACAGAUUAUUGUCCCUAAUUAUUUUAAAUGUCCUUCUGUUCACAUAGUUGGAGGAAAUCAAAAGAUUUUUCUUAUCGAUUCUGCUUGUAGUAAGUGAUCAUAUGUUAUGUCAUGCUCUUUUCAUUUACUAGUUCUCUUGUAUUAUUUUACAGCGACGAAUUAGGGUUUGUCCAUCCGACUCAACUAGCAGCACUUAAUGCACAGUCAGGGGUAGCUUUAUCUUCUGAUGCCAUUCAGUCUGCAGCUGAGAUCAUGAGCGAAGGGACUGUUGAAGGUUCAAUAUUUUAUGAUGGGACGGUAUUCUGGAACAGAGACCAUAAGUUAGCCAUCUCAACCACAGAGUUGCCACAGUUAUACGUUGCUGGCCAGAAAAUGUUUUUCGAUUCAAUCAAGAAAUACAAAUCAUCUCAGAACCACGAUCAAUCUCUUCAGAAUGAUGUUCUGAGACACAGUAAAUCCCUUUUACUUCUAUGCUGUGACAGUGGGACCGCUUGGAAUUCAAGGUAAUGCUCUUCCUUCAACAAUCAUUUAUUAUAUAUAUUUUUCUUUUCCUUUUAUAUAUCUUUUAUAUCUAUUUUGCACUCUAUCUAUUUGGUUUGCAGAAAAAGAAGGAAAGAGGAAAGAGGGUGAUUGAAUCAUAACGAAUUUCUUGAUGAAAACAUCAGUACAGAGUUGAUUCAACUAAAUUACCUUUGAUUCUCUGUGAUGAUAGGCAUCAUGUUAUCCCCAUUUUCAGGAUCAAGAGUUUUUGAAAAUUCGCAUAUAAUUCAUCCAGUUGCUAUGAAUAGUACUACAGAUUCGUUGAAAGCACUUCCUGACGAUCUGUACUAUAGCAGGUCGAAAUAAAAUCUCAAAAAGUUAUUAGAAGUUGGAUAGAGAAGUUUCAUGAGGUAAUGCUGAUCAUAAGAAGUUUUGCCUACCACUUUCAAGGGAGUAAAAUUAUGACUAGAAUAUCGAAUCAACCAAAUCGCCGAUAAGAAGGAUAUGCCAAUCACUAAUAUAUAUACAUACAUGUGUAUACAAACCCAGGACAACUUUUCAAGAUCUAAGAAUAGAUUCAUAGAUAUCCUUCAGGAAAGAUUCCAUGUACUUCAGAGGUGGUGAAACUACCGUUUUAAUAAAUAAUUGACCACUGCUGAACUGGAAUUAAAAAUUCUCUCACCACAACCAGACACAAUUGAAAAGAAAUCCUAGUAAAGAGGUGUUGAGGAGAAUUAUAACGUAUUUAAUAAUACUGAAGCUUCAAGUUUGAAAUGUGCAAGACUAAAAUUCAGAGGCAACCCUACUUUAAAUACUAGCGUCCCACCCCAACGUUGUAAUUUACUUGGCUCUGCCCCGCUUGCUGGUCACUCAGUUCCGCUCCUAAACUGUUGAAGUUUGGUUUCUGUUGGGGACCAAUUCGUGAACAUACCACCAAGCCAGUUUUUAUUCAUUUCAAUCCUGGGCACUUUUCCAAAAUCUUCCUAAAAUAUUAAAAAGUGAUUUAGGAAAAAAAUCAAUUGAAAAUAAAGGUUAAAAAAUGAACAUCCAAAUUAUUUAAACGUAAUAGUACUGUAGUACUUGGUGACUAGUGGUGGAUUAUAGCGCAUUUAAGCCUAUUUUUGUGAAAGAAUACCUCGCUAGAUGAUGCCUGUGUAUCUUCAAUAACCCAAAUUCACAGUAUUAUUCUACUUAGUUUAGUGCAUUAAUUUGUGUUUUUUCAUUAUUAAUAAAAUGAUAAUAGAUAUGAUAUAAACUUCAUCAAUUUUGUCAAUGCACUUUUUGCUCAUUUCUGUUUGUCUAUGUUUUACGAAACACUCUCUUGGGCAUCACGACUUUAUCUAGUAGAAAAUACCAUCCGGUUGGUACAGAUCGUCAUCCAAGGGAUGCCUUGUCAUUUCCCAUGUGACAAGAGAUUUUGGAGAACUAUUCCAACUAGGGACAUUGGGAAGCAUGUACAGUGGACGUUCACCCUGGCUUGCCUUGACGAGUGCUGGCUCCUUAAGCAGUUAGGCUGCUAUAAGAUGCAGAAGUGGGUGACUUUUUUAAAAUUUUCAAUAUUUCAGUGCUUUCAGUAGGCCUUUUUUGAGGGGAGAAGAAGAAUUUGCAUUCUGCAAAUGUCAAAUGAAACUCUCGAGAAGGAAUUAAAUUAUUUCCAAUUUAUACUUCUAUAUGAAAUUUUAAAUUGACUGGAAUGUCAACAUUUCAAAGCUAACUUUCUGAUUCUUUCAAAAUCAAAUCACACAAAUUUCCAAAACAAAAAGGCCUUCAUUCGCCCAACCAACGUUCCAAUGACUAAAUAUCCUAUACAUGCUUUGAUAAUGGUAAAAAAUGUUACGAAAGUUGACUAUGGCUUUUAUAUUGUUUUGCCACGAGUAGAAAGGUGCCAAACCACUAACACUCUUCCCUCGCUGCCUCUAAAAGACUCUGUUAAUGUACUUUUGGGAUGCCAGUGGGCUUUGAGAUAACAUGCAGAAAAAAAGAUAAUAAAUUAAACAACAUAUUUUACUUUAUGUUGUUAUGUUGUUUCUUUUUUUUCACAGAAGGUUUGAAGGAUUCAUUAAAUGGUACAGAAUAGAAGGAGAUAAUUUCUGUUUUUAAUGGAAGAAGAUAGGGAAAUAAUAUGAACGCAUUAUUAAUCGACGAAAAUAUUCAGAAAAUUCACUUAAUUUUACUUUCUGUUUUUCCUUUUUUAACUCUAAGAUCGGAGGAGAGACAGAAUGGAUGAUGAAAAGUUGUUUGGAGAGGAUCAUUAUCGUGUUUAUUCCUUUAUUUUCCAAAUCUAUUUAACUGUGAGAGAUUUCUGUAUACCUUCUGAAUAGAAAAUUUACACUGGGGUAGGUUCCAAUACCACAAUAUAUGAUUGUGACGAAUCCUACCAGUGUCAUAAUUGAUUCUGCUUUGAGAAGAUUUUCCAACGAGAAAAUGUAGGUAAAAAGUUUUGGCUGUGUUGGCUGACUCAGAAGCUCUGGGGUUUUCGUUAGAUAGUGUGCAUGUCAAAUUUUGUCAUUUUAAUUUUUAUGUGAUAUUUAAACAUCCAAAUUUAUUUGAUUUAAUUUCUCUGCAUGAACAUUUCCUUAUUGAUAUCAUGGAUUUACCUUGACAAGAAUGAUAAAUUUUCUAAAGAAUACUCUUUAUCCCAAGCUGUGUCAAUUUUUUUAACGAUUUUCUCUUCAGGAAUCAUUUGGGUGUUUAUUUUUUUUAUCUAACUUUUAAUUAUUCUGGCACUAUUCAGGAAGUUGGUGAUUUCGGGGAAUCCAUCUUUAUCAUUGCUUAUGAGUGAACUCCAAUUAUCAACACUGAUUCUGUCAUAUUCACCGAAGAGUGAAAAUUCUUGGAGUCAUCGGUAAAUUAAAUAAACCAUCUUUCUUCUUUCAUUUACACAUACCGCUAAAGUUUUGGGACGUACAUCUUAAAAUAUACAACCUUCUGGUCAUGGACAUUUGCUUCUGAAGUUGUACCAUAAGAAGUUCGUUUAACACAGAUGGUCUACUUUCAUUUCAUAAUCCACAAAUAUUCUAACCCAUAACUUAUUUUUCCUAGGCGUUGGGUAAUCAAACAUAUUGAGCGGGUAUCUGGGGAUCCGUCUGACAUCCUAGGAGAAGAAUCAGAAUUGGUGAAGAGAAUAGCUGAGGUUCAUUUUCAAUCCAUUUACUGAGAUCUUCGAUAUGGAAUGUUUAUGUGACUUCAAUUCAUGGAUAAACCAGAGCACCUUAAGGAUCCUCUCUUUUCUAGUGAAUGCUGAGCUUGUUCUUCUCUGUGUACUUUUUUGCAUAAACUGCUUGGAUAUUUCUGAUAAAAAAGAAUUCCUUUUAAGUAAUUAUUCUCACCUCUGGUAUCUCAUAUUCUAUGUGCGCAAGGUUGAAGUUGUAGUGCCUUUUUGAAAGUGUUUAAAUCCUCACCUGUUAUAAAGUUAAAGAUUUCUCAGGUCUCUACUGAUACUUCUGUGUUUGUUUCUGUCAGAAACUUUGUUGGUUUAGUUUUAUAAACAAAUCUUAUUGUUCUCCUGCCAUAACAAAGAUCUUAAAAUGCUGGACAUCAAAUUCAACUCAUGUUUAGAAAUUAAACUCCAUUGAAAAGAUUUCGAGACAUUAUCAAGAAUUUGUACAACUUUCCAGAAACGCACAUAGCUUUCAAGGUAUCCCUUUGCUGGUUUUUUUUUUGAAAGAUAAGCGUUAUAUUUGCGUACUAUUUAGUACCAUUUUCCGAAAACGGACUGUCUUCUUGAAUAUGUCGCUGAUUUUGCGUUACUGAUAUAUUGCCAAUGUAUCCUGGGAAGCAUUAUAUCUAUUUAAACAAUGUUAUGCAAUCCAUUGUUGGGAACUGUCCUAAAUGGCUAGUUUAAUUCCAUCAAUAAAAAACUCACAUGUUUAUGAUUAGUCAGUUUUCAUAUGAUUUGCAAUCCGAUUGAAACUCAUAUGUUAUGCAAUCCAAUUGAAAAUGGGUUUGAACUUUCCAGACGUGUAUCCUCUUGGAGACAAAUUAUACAUAAAAAAAAUAAUUUUAAGUGAUAUUUUAAGGAUUCUUUAACAUUGUUAAUAUAGACAAUCUGAAACUUGGAAAUGCUCUAGCCCAGGCGCUUUUCCACCUGAAAUAUUGCCUCUUGUGUUGGGGUUACUUUGGAAACUAUGGUUUUUCUCAAAUCAUCUUGAAGAACGCUGCGCCUAGCUAGAAGACAUCUUAUCUAAAAUAAUAAUCCUAACCAGUGAAUUUGUAUACUUCUGGACCACUAAAAUUGGCAUGCUUGAUAUGAUACUAUUUUCUCCUGGGAAAUAUGAAGGUACUGUUGAGAUAAAUUUUAUCAUUCUGAUCCAGUGUUUGUGUUUUUUCUGCAGAAAACAAAAAUGAACUAUCGUGCAUGGAAUCAUCUCUGCUGGCUUGUUUCAUAUAUGUCGAGAAGCCAGGUGUGAUUUAAAUUGUUGCUUUGGUUUCACGUGUGGAACACUCAACGCUUUGGUGAUGGCAUAUGACUACUUCAAAGAAUUAUUAAAAAAAGAUUAUAGUGAUGGUUACCUAUUUGAGUGUUUUCAGAAAAUAGGCCUUAAUAGAUGAUUGGAUAACUGGAAAGUAAAUAGGUAGUGCCUGGUCAAUGAUCCAGUAUAGUUUCAUUCUUUAACUAUAAGACUACUAACCCAGGACAGUAGCUCAGCCAGUGAUUUCCAAUUUGGCUUUCAGAAGUAUUCUACGUUGAUUAAAUUUUUCGAGCUCUGUGGGUGUUUAAAGUUUAUUCUUCAGGAAAAACAACAAAUAUAACCUCGUUUUAAAAUUCAAUUUUUUGUGUGAAUAUCUGUACCCUUGUAUUGGCUUUAGAUUUCACUUAUUUGAGGUCAAUCUUGGCCUGCUUUUAAUUUCCCUGUGUUUGGGGGAAUAAUUUUGUUCUCAAAUGGCCAAUGUACUUAGAGCUUCUUUUUGGCAUUUUCUGCAGAUGCUUGAUGAGCUAAAAUUUUCAAGAAAAUGGGCAGAGUUGAAUGUUGCUGAUAACUGUUGCUUUCAGCUCCGCAGAGUGAGAAAACUCAUCUUAUGGAGCCUUCGGUUAGAAAGUCACCGAUGAAAAUGGCAAAACUCUGUCGUGAUUUAAUCUGUGAAUCAUCUUUUUUCUGAGAUAGAGUUUUAAUUAUUGGAUCCCUUAUCUCAUUUAUAGAGACCAGAUUUGGAAUCAAUUUAUGCGAAUCCAGGGGUUUCUAGCACAGGAUUUCCCCAGAAACCUGAAUGAUCUGUAUUAAAUCAGAUCUGAUUCUUGGCUCAGACAGGUCGUCUCUGUGCUCCAUGGAAUUUAGUUGGGAUGAAUGGUGGUGAUCGUUUUAGAUAUUGUGUACCUUUUAUGAUGCAGAAAAAUGAUCAAAUUGCCUUUGACCGCUUGUCUCAUUUAAAGUUACCUUGAUCAGGCCUACGGACUAGUUUGCAGUGUUUUUAUAUGACAAUGACAGAAACCUUUGUCAAAUCCUUCAAUACAUCAUAAUUUAUUGACUAGUCUCUGUCAUAUCAGUUUCAUUAUAUGAUAUCAUGGAUACCUCACCGAGAUUUCCCCAACAAUAUAGCAUCAUGUGAGACUCAAAAUUUUAUAGAUCUGAAUCUUUCCUUGGAUCUUGAACUGCAGAGACUAAUGCUUAAAAUUUCCGAAUUUAAACCUGAAAAUCAAUGUGGAGAUGAAGGAUUGCUCGCGAAGUCUGAAAUUUACAAAAUAUGGGAGGUACUUGUUUCUUGAUUUGGAUUAAAUUGCACCUGGUCCAUUUUAUCUAUUUUUUAAAUUGUGGAAAUGCUUUACCAAAUAUUCACUUCUGUCCUAGAAAUUAAACCGCUUAUUUUUUAUGCAGAAACUUCCUAUGCCAAAUUCUAUGGAGUUGAUUAUUUAUAUCCAGACAAAUUUCUAAUAUUUUUUCCUGAAAGUACAUUCUCCUAACUUUGGAGAUGUUGAAUUUUUAUGACCGCUCUGAAAGUAAAUUAGACCGUUUUCAAAAAAAAAAACUUUUUAAAGUGUUAUACGCACAUGAGGAUGUUGAAUUUGAAAACAGAUUUGCCUCCAAAUCCAUUAUUACCAAAAGCUUUUAAUAGUAUGGCUGUGAUGUGUCACUACAUACUGCUAUCUCCAUUAUAGAAGGAGAGAAAAAAGGAUCAAGUUGGCUAGUAAAUGAAAUAGUAAUACUAUAAUAAAGAUCUCUAUUCUAGUUCUAUUAUCAGCGAUAGGUCUAAAUCUAAGAGAAAUUCUAGGUAACGUUUGUUGCUCAUUUUGGCAAAUCUCCACUAUCUUUCUUCGGCUGAGUGGCUUUAUAGAACCGUUGAUCUUCAGUUGAAGUAUUCUUUAUUUUUUCACUCAGUCACCUCGUGCAAGACAAAAUGAAUUGCUUUUCAAAAUUUUAGUCUUUUUUCUUGAAUUCUAUCUUCAAACUAAUAGCCUGAGAUCCAGCACCUUAAGACGGAAGAUAAUUUUUUCCCUUUUAUGAUCAUCGCUCAGGUUGCAGCUUCUAAGAAGUUCAUCCUUUUCAUCAGAGUGAUUCUAGGUCUGCAUGUUGUCUUUUCAGGAUGAAUUCAGGUGGAACUGUCUGCUUAUUCAACGUUAUAUUGGGAGGGAGGUAAUCUUUGCUUUAGAGAAGCUAGGGAUCUCACAUCCGCUCUUCUGAAACCCCAUUCAUGGAGCAUGCUGCGUCUUUUGCAGGCCUUGUGGAUUCAUCGCCGUUUCCUCUUUCAGUUUUGGCUGAAUUAUCUUUCCACCGAUCCCUGUUUAAAUCCUUCCGAUUCGAGAAGCUGCCCUGCUGUUCUUGAUGUGGCCGAUUUUCUUCAAAAGGAGCUGCAGCUGCUCCUCGUAUGCUUGAGCUCACCAGGGGAUGAGUUCGAGGAUGGCAGAGUCCAGUCUGAGCAUGCGAGGUCAUAUUUCUUCUGGAUAUUGAAGGUUUGUGAAUGAUCUUACUCGAUAGUUCCCACAAGAAGGAAGUUUAGACUUUACUUAAUAAUUACCCCAAUGCAUUUAUUUAAUUAUUUAGUUAUUCAUUUCAUUUUCCUUACCAAAUUCUGAAGCAGCAUAUUCCAUUUGGCCCGCUUAGUGGCCUUUGGGAAAAACUGAGGGGUGUCGAAGAACUGAAGGCCCUGCUGAGAGAAUCCUCUUCCCCUGUGAAGAUCCACUUGUGGAGGAGCUUUCUGGGAAGACCAAUUUGGGAUGAUUUAUUUGGUCCAACAUAG